AUGCUCCUUCCUUCUGCCCGCCACUCUCCUUUGCCCUUCCCCCCCAUCCCCCUUCCAACCCAUCCCCCUCCCCCCCCCAUCCCCCUUCCAACUCAUCCCCCUUCACCCACCCCCCCCAAUCCCCCUUUCAACCCAUCCCCCUUACCCCCCUUGAAAACACCACCACAGAUUCUUGAAAACAUUCAAGAAGCUAAUUUUUAUUACAUGGUGAGCGGGCUGCUGGCGCUGCACCUCCUCAGAUCUUUGAGGAUUCUAAAGCGUUUCCUUCUCUUCUGGAUUAUCCCCACCCGUUAUCAGACAUGCUACCAGGGGCACAUAUCAGCAGCGCUGGUGCUGGGAGGCAUGGACGUCCCAGACCCUCAAAUGUACACCAUCCAUCCUUCCCUUCUUCCUCCCUUCUUCCACCCCUCCCUGGCCCCUCUACACUCUUGGCUCUUCCCCUUUCUCCCCCUCACAUACUUCCCCCAGCUACCAGGGCCACAUUUCAGCAGCACUGGUGCUGGGCGGGAUGGACAUCUCAAGCCCUCAUCUCUACACCAUCCAUCCUUCCCUUCUUCCCCCCUUUGUCUGCCCGACCACCAUUCCCUCCCCCCCUCCCCCUCUCCCCCCAGCUACAAGGGGCACAUUUCAGCAGCACUGGUUGCUACCAGGGGCACAUCUCAGCAGCGCUGGUGCUGGGUGGCAUGGACAUGA